AUGGAGCGUACCCGCCAUGCCAUCCGUCCUUUUCUCUAUUCUCAUAGACGCAAAUCGUACCCUGUGCUGCACGGUUCCCACGACUCGAGCUUCCCUCAGCUCUGCACCUGGCCCCCGACCCCUAUAAAACUAAAAUUCUUCCAGUUAGGAAGCCAUUCAGAGUCGAACGCUCUCAGUAGUUGCUUCGAGUGUACCUUCGCCAGUGCCUUACAGUCGAAAAUGUCUUCUUACGCCGUCUUGCCUUGCGAGGACCAGUCGCAGCCCAUAUCCCGUACUAUGCAGUACAGGAAAGUGAUGAAGCCCAUGCUAGAAAGAAAACGCAGAGCGAGAAUCAACCGCUGUUUGGACGAACUCAAAGAACUCAUGGUGUUCGCCCUCGCCACCGACGGGGAUAACGUCUCCAAGCUAGAAAAGGCGGAUAUCCUAGAACUCACAGUCGCCCACCUUCAAAAGUUGAAACGUCAGCAGCGGCUAUCCGCGAAUCCCACCCUGGAAGCGGAUAGAUUCCGUUCUGGUUUCACCACCUGUGCCAAGGAGGUGUCCAAGUGCCUAGCGUCCACCCCUGGGGUCGACAUCCACUUGGGUACCAAGCUCAUGACCCACCUCGGCCACAGUUUGAAAAAAAUGGACAAAGUGUCUCCGUUAAUUGUUGACGUGCCUAGUGCCUACACUCCUCCGGCUUCUCCCGCUCAUGAGGACGUCCACCACGAUCAGUACUCGAUACCCUUGACGCCUUCUUCCUUGAGGAAUUCGCCUAGCCCUAUGGAUUAUUCUUCAGUGAACACGCAGAAAUCCGAAUCCGUUUGGAGGCCUUGGUAAAAUUUAAGAGACAUUUGUUUUCGUUCUUUCAAUUUGCUCAAUAUUUUGGCUUUAACAUUAGAUUAAUAUUUUUCAAAGCUUUAAUUAAUA